GUAUGCUGCUGUGCCGUCACAUGCAAAAGGACAUGCAUAUUAUUUCUUCCGGCAGCAAUUAUACAAUCAAAUUAUUGAGGAGGGAGAAUGAAAAGAAAUAUCACCGGCGAAGUUGCUUGCUAGAGUGUCACAAAUCCCACUCUUCAGAAGAUGAAAUUCUUCUUCUUCGUUUUCUUCUUCGUCCUCCUCUUCUUGCAUCAAGGCCUGCGUUGUCUCUCCGCUGUUAAUUAUGUGACUCAUCUACCAGGCUUUCAUGGCGAACUUCCCUUCCAUUUAGAGACUGGGUACGUGUCUAUAGAUGACGACAGCCGAGCGGAGUUGUUCUAUUACUUUGUGGAGUCGGUUAGGAAACCCGAGGAGGACCCUCUCAUCCUUUGGCUAACUGGCGGGCCGGGCUGCUCGGGCUUUGUGGGCUUGGCUGUGCAGAUGGGACCUCUUAAGUUUAAGGUUGAUAAUUUUGACGGCAACACUCCAACCUUAGUUGUUAAUCCUUAUUCAUGGACAAAGAUUGCUAAUAUGAUCUUCGUGGAUUGGCCUAUUGGUACUGGAUUCUCCUACUCCAUGACUGAUAAAGACUACAUCACUGACGAUAUUCAGGCUAAAGGAAAUAUCCUCAAAUUUCUCAGAAAGUGGUUCUUGAGACAUCCAAAUUUCAUGUUGAAUCCUUUCUACAUGGGUGGUGACUCUUAUGGUGGGAAGAUGGCUACACUUGUUUCUCAUGACAUUGUUGAAGAAAAUGAGCAGGGUCAAAAGCCAUUAAUCAAUAUUAAGGGUUACCUAAAUGGCAACACUAUAACAGGCGAAAAAAUAGAUUUGAAUUCUCGAGUACCUCACGCAUACGGAUUAGGAAUUAUUUCUGAAGAACUCUACAAGCUUAUUCAGACGAACUGUGUAGGUGAGGAUUACCUACAGCCUCAGGGUGCGAUAUGUAAGGCAUAUCUCAAAGUCUUUAAUGAGUUUCUUUCAGAAAUUAAUGUUUAUGGUAUAUUGGAUCCCCUAUGUUCUAAUGAACCUCCAGGAGAGGUGUUACACCUUCGCAGAUCAAUGGAAGAGAACUCACCAGAAUUCCUCUCCCAGUUUUCACCUGAUAAUAAUUGUAUAGUUAAGUCCUUUCGGUUCGGCAGAGACAACCGCGGACGCAGAAAAGGAGUGGAGGAGGAGAGGGAAUCUCGGAUUCAUUCCUCUGCAAGUGGUUCACUGAGUGUUGGGCGGACUCCCCUUGUUCCAGCCGUUGGAGAUUGGGGCGGCGGAGAGGAAUUUCUUGAAUCGCGCCUGCAAACUUUCUCAAUCGGGCUGGAUACCGAGAGAAGCAGGAAAGGAAGGAAGGCUAUGACAUUUUCUGGUGCGAAAUUUGAGGUGGUGAAGUUCGACGGAACUGAUAACUUCGGAUUGUGGCAAACUAGGGUGAAAUAUCUGUUAGCGCAACAGAGAAUCUUGAAAGCUCUGCGGCCAGCAAAACCAGAUGUCAUAGAUGACGAAGAUUGGGAAGAAUUGCAACAGCGAGCGACAGUGACAAUACGCCUAUGCCUGACAGAUGAAGUUUUGUAUCACAGUACACAGAUUCACAGUUUUAUAAAUUUUUGUGAGGAGCAUGGGAUUCAGAGGCAUUUUUCAGUGCGCAAGGCACCACAAUAUAAUAGUGUUGCUGAAAGAACGAACAGGUCCUUAACUGAAAGGCAGAAUCAAGACAAGGUGUCAGGGAACAACUCCAGUUCAGAUGCAGUGCAGAUGGAUUUAGAACAACAGCCAGUAGCUUCUGAGAGAGGUGAAAGUUCAAAUCCAACACCUGGUGAUUCUAUUCCAGAUGAUCUGCAGAAUUACAAUCUAGUCAGAGAUAGACAGAGACGCACCAAUCGUUUUGAGGUCAUUGUCAUUCAUCUUGGGGUUGGUCGUGUAAACAGUGAGGUCAUUGCUUGUGAUCGGCCUUCUUUUAUUCGAAUGGUUGACAUGCAAUCCUAUUGUGUACUUUCGGCCGACUUUUCCAUCCGCCCAAUUUAG